AUGAAGUUCCGAUCAUGGCUAUCAACAUGCUCCUCCGCCACCUCCUACGAUCCCACACCACCACCACCACCACCACCAAAACCUCUAUUCUUCGACACAAGUAGCAGCUCAGACAUCCCUGAAAGCUUAUCAUCCACCUCCCAUGACACCAGCUACAGCAGCAGCAGUCUCCAAAACAACCUUUCUCUCCAAACCCUCCCUUCUGUUCCUUCCCUCCAAACCCUAACCCUCUCCCUCGCCUCCCACCACCACUACCACCGCCUAGAGUCUUCACCACUCGUCGCCACUCUCCCCACCGUCAACGAUCGCUUACUCCGAUUCGCUUUUCCGGCGAACUACGUGAAGGUUCGCCGUCACAGGAAGUGGCUCUGGAUCGAACACCACGACGCGGUUUCUGGACUCGAAGUUAUCGACGGUUUGAAUUUGAUGUGUUCGGUUUCGUGGGACAAAUGUUUGAAGAUUUGGAGAGUCUCCGAUCUUCGAUGUGUACAAUCGAUUAAAGCUCACGACGACGCCAUUAACGCCGUCGCGGUGGCGAUCGACGGCACGAUUUACACCGCCUCCGCCGACCGCCGGAUUAAAGUUUGGGGACGAGCGUCUGGAGAGAGAAAGUACGGAUUGAUAGCGAGUUUAGAGAAGCAUAAAUCGGCGGUGAAUUCUCUGGCAUUGAACGAUGGAAGACAAUAUUGGGAUGAUGAUGAUGAUAUUGACACUGGUGAGUACAACAUUGGUAAUGAAGAGAAUAUCGGUAGUUCCGAUGAUCUCCAAACUGAAAAAGAUAUUAAGUGUAUAGAUCAAUUAACUGAAAAAGAUGUGUUUGAAAUGACAUUUGAUUCGGUAGAAAAUUGA